AUGAUGAACCCAGAACAGGAAAAUCAAACGUCCAUCACAGAAUUCAACCUCCUGGGAUUCAGCACUCUCCCUGAACUGCAAAUCCUUCUUUUCCUGCUGUUUCUAGUGAUCUACAUUGCAACCAUGGCCGGGAACAUCCUCAUCGCAGUACUUGUUGUGACUGUUCAGCACCUUCACACCCCGAUGUACUUCUUUCUAGGAAACUUGUCCUGCUUGGAGACCUGCUACACUUCAAUCAUCAUGCCCAGCUUUCUGGUCAGUCUCCUGACUGCCCUGAUAAAGCUUUCCUGCAAUGAUCCUCAGCUGAUGGAAAUCUUGCUUUUCACACUAUGCUUGAUUUUCUUAGUGGUCCCAUUCCUACUUACCUUGAUGUCCUACAUCUGCAUCAUUGUGACCAUCCUAAGAAUCCCUUCCACCACGGGGAGGAAAAAGGCCUUUUCCACCUGCUCCUCCCACCUCAUUGUGGUUUCCAUUUUUUAUGGAACUCUAUUGAUUGUCUAUAUGUUCCCAACAACCAACACACUGAGAGACUUCAAGAAAGUUCUCUCUGUCGUCUACACUGUCCUGACUCCUCUGGUCAAUCCCCUGAUCUACAGCCUGAGAAACAAAGAGGUCAAGGAGGCUCUGAGGAAAGCUAGCAGGAAGUUCAUGUUUGGAUGA